AUGUCUACAAAAGUAUCUUGCUUGAGUAUCAGCCUUCCAAGUUCGACUAUUGUUGGCGGUUUGAAUAACCAGGCAACGAAGAUGCUGCCAAUAUCUAUCUAUCUAUCUAUCUAUCUAUCUAUCUAUCUAUCUCAGUCUGUUUUUAUUUGUCAGUUCGUAUCUAUCUAUCUAUCUAUCUAUCUAUCUAUCUAUCUAUCUAUCUCAGUGUGUUCUUAUCUAUCUAUCUAUCUAUCUAUCUAUCUAUCUAUCUAUCUAUCUAUCUAUCUAUCUCAAUCCGAUAAUAUCUAUCAAUCGCUGAUCGCAGUCUAUCUAUCUAUCUAUCUAUCUAUCUAUCUAUCUAUCUAUCUAUCUAUCUAUCUAUCUCAGUGUAUUCUUAUCUAUCUAUCUAUCUAUCUAUCUAUCUAUCUAUCUAUCUCAGUCUGUUUUUAUCUAAGUCAGUUCGUAUCUAUCUAUCUAUCUAUCUAUCUAUCUAUCUAUCUAUCUAUCACAGCACUUUUUCUCAACUCGGCAUCGGCGAAUCCAAAAUACACGCCCUCGUUUAUACUAAGACACGGUGAUCGGCCAGCUUGUCAGGUUCCCUAUAUGGUGCAGUACCUCCCCAUUGAAUGUGACUAUCUCACUCUCAAUAGACUGACAGCAACGUCAUGGAGCGAUUCAAAACCUUCGACUCUCUAUCUAUCUAUCUAUCUAUCUAUCUAUCUAUCUAUCUAUCUAUCUAUCAUAGUCUCUUCGUAUCUAUCUAUCUGUCGAAUGUCAUCCAUAUCUAUCUAUCUAUCUAUCUAUCUAUCUAUCUAUCAUAUCUCUUGA